AUGGGGGCGCAUGGCGUCUCCCAAGCUGCAGCCCAGGCCCUGAGACAGCUGCAGGAUCAGCUAGCUGCCGCGUACACUGACCUUGCUGCCUGCCAGGAGGAGAAUGCAGCUUUGCGAGCGGACGCGAGGGACAUAAUUCAAGCGCAGCAUGCAGAGGUGGUCAGCAGCGAAGCUCGGGCCACCAAGGCUGAGGAGGAUCAUGAGGCCACUCAGGGGCUCCUCAGGGAGCUGAAAACAGCGCUGGAGGCUACUCUGGUGGACAACGCCAAGUGCAAAGCGGAGGUCGCUCAGCUUGCAGAGCUCAAGCUGGCCCUGGAGAGCUGCAGGGUCGCGCUGCAAGCAGCAAAAGAGAGGCAGAAGGAAUCGGGGGAGCGCGCAGCGGCGGCUGCAUCCGCGCAGCGCAGCGCCGAGGCGGCGGCUGCCGCAGCCGAGCGGCGAGCGGCCGAUGCCGAGUGCCUGCGGCGGGAGGGCUCAUCGGCCGCUGUGCAUGCGCAGUCCCAGCUGCAGUCAUUUAAGCAGUGCCUGCAGGAGCAGAAGAAGGAGCUGGAGCGUUUGGGAAACAGCAACGCUCUGUUGGAAUUCCGCUGCGAUUCUGCAGAGGCGAGGGCCGAUGCGCUGCAGGCGGAGGCAGCCGAAGCUGCCAACAGGCACGCGCAGGAAGCAGCCAGCCUCAAGGAGAGGCUGAAGGAGGAAGAGGGCAGGAGAAAGGCAGGGGAGGAGCAGGCGCUGCGCAUGGAUGGGGUUUUGACAGCGCUCAGACAGGAGGCCACCGCCCUCAGGCUUGCUGCUGAUGAGCAUGCCAAGGGAGUGUGUGAGAUGCGCGUGACGGCAGAAGCGGCGCAGCGGUUCUUGGACCAAGAGAGAGGCAUGCGCGACGCCCUCACCAAUGCGCUGCAGCAUACUGAGACCACGAUGCAGCGGGUGCUGAGCCUGAAUCACGCCCUGGUGGAGUCCUUUGCUGAGCCCCUCAUACUGGCCACUUGCUGGCAGCAGCAGCUGCAGGCUGCUCCUGAUCUCACAAGCAGUGUCCCCAGGAGGGCUGAAGCAAGCGCCUCACACCAUCACAGGCGGCAGACUGACGCAGAAGAAGCGUUGGAGGACAGAGAGCGAGCAGUGCAAACACAAGACAGCCACAAGAGCGAUGGGGGUGACGGUAACAGGCCGGCAGCACACGACCAUGUGCCUGCAGCCCAGCGGCCGGUUACAAAUCCAGAUGGAGCCUUUAUGGAGCCUUCACGAGACACAGCUCGCAUUGACCCAGACACGCUUGAAAACAGAAUCCUGCCGGCAAUCGCGCGCCACAUGGCAGAGAUCAAACAGCAGCAGGCGGCGUCAGAGGCACAGCCAAAACAGGCCGCCAGAGUCAGGGGGACCACCACAUUCACCAGCAGCAGUGGACAGAGAGGGGGGACCCGGGGGAUCCCCCCUUCCACCGCUGGGGCCCCCUCCACGACCGGAAGGGAGCAAGUGGAGGCAGUGGUGAUGAGUCUGGAGGAUGAGCUGGCAGUGCUGGACCUGCGAUAUGCUGAGCUGCUCAGACAACAGCAACAUCACAGGCAGUGUGCAAACAACAAAUCUUCCUCAAAUGACCUGGAUCUGGAAGAGGAGGUGGCGCAUGCAGCUGCAAGGGUGAGGGAAGCGAUGCAGCGCAAGGGGCAACAAAUACAGCAGCUGUGGCAGUACACAGCAGUCCUCAAGACCUGA